AAACCCUUCUUCAACCUCAACCUCAAUUGACAAAUAGUUAGAAGUUGAGUUUGGAAUACAUUGUUCGGCACAGCCUCUCUCGACGGUGGUCGUAAUCCUAAAAUAUCCUAAAACAUGGCUGACGUAGUUCAAUACAAGUUGGAGCGCAUGGUCGACGAAUUCGAAGAUCUUGAGCAACGCGGCCUAUUCACCCGCCGUGAAAUCGCCGAAAUCGUGAAACAGAGGCGAAAAUUCGAGUACAGGUUAAAGAGACCAUCUCCUCUGAAACAAGACUUCUUAACCUACAUAGAGUACGAGACACAGCUCGACACUCUACGCAUGCUCCGUAAGAAGUCGGUGGCGCGUGAGUUGAUGAAACAAGGGAACAAGAAUUUGAAGAAAUCGAAGUCCGACGUGGCUGGAUUGAUUAGGAUUAUUGAUAUUUAUGAACUCGCUUUGAAGCGUUUUAAAGGUGAUAUUGACCUAUGGUUUCGUUACCUUGAGUUUUGUAGGCAAAGAAAAAAUGGAAGGAUGAAGAAGACACUUGCUAAACUUGUUAGGUUUCACCCAAAGGUUCCAGGAGUUUGGAUUUAUGCUGCAGCUUGGGAAUUUGAUCAUAACUUGAAUGUUGUGGCUGCUCGUGCUUUAAUGCAGGAAGGUCUUAGAGUUUGCCCAACGUCAGAAGACCUUUGGGUGGAGUAUCUUCGGAUGGAACUCACAUACCUUAAUAAGUUAAAGGCCAGGAAGGUUGCCUUGGGUGAGGAUGAGGGAACUCUGACUCGGGAUCCUAGAACUGCCGAUGAAAAACAAUGGAAAGAUGAAAACAAAGAGUUAUUUAUGACCCUUGAUGAAAAAGAGGAUAAAGAUGUAGCAAACAAUGAAGCUAACAUUGGACUAGAUGAGUCAAAGAAGAACCAAGAGUUAUUUGCUGAGCAUGGUAUGAACAUUUUUCGAACAGUCUACGGUGGAGCGAUUGAAGCUGUCCCUUCGAGUCUCAAUCUUAGGAAGAGAUUUUUUGAAAUAUUGGAGGGAACAGACUUAUCGCAUUAUGAAGAUAUGUGCGAGGAGAUUCUGAACGACAUGAAGAGGGAUUUUUCAACCGAACCAGAAUUCUGGGACUGGCUUGCAAGGCAUGAAUGCAAUCUUGAAAUUGGCCGCGAGAGUAGCCAAGAAAUUAUGGUUCCUCAGGUGCAAAAGGCAAUUCAGGUUUAUGAGGAGGCUUUGAAAAGUGUGCCCUCAGGAACUAUGUUUAGUUUGUAUGCAAAUUUUCUAAUGGGUAUUAUAGCUCCUAUAGAAGACAAAACCAAUAUAACUGGGCCAUCGGGUCAUGCUAUAAACUAUAUAUCACAUCUCCUGUCAGUAUAUGAAAAGGCUGAAAGCAUGGGAAUCAUUACUGAUGAUCAUGCUUGCAAGCAUGUGUCCUUGCAUUUGCAAUUGAGACAAUUGGAUGAAGCCAGGAAACUGGUAGCAAAGCUUUGCAGCGGAAAACUUGCAGAGUCGGUGCAGUUAUGGGAAUUAAGAAUUACUAUAGAAAUUAAAUGCAUCACGAAAAAUUCUUUGUCACCUAGUGAUACUGAUUUGUUAUCCCUGUUUGAACUCCUUAGACAAAUUUUGACCAAAAUUCCUGUUUCAGAAUCAGAGAACUUGUGGCUAAAGGCCCUUAAAUUCUAUGCUAGUCACAGACAGUACUUUGAUAAACUGGUAGAGAUCUCCAUUGUUUCCUUGGCCAGAGAUGGUGGCAGUGAAAAUGGAUUUUCCCUUUCUUCUGCCGUUGUAAGUUUUAUACUUCAAAAAGAUGGAAUUCACAAGGCCAGAGAUAUCUAUAAACGAUUUCUAGCUUUACCACAUCCCGGCCUUGCAUCAUAUAGGAACUGCAUUGAGCUGGAAACAAACCUUGCAUCAACAGGAGAUAAAAAUAGUCUCAUAAAUGCCAGGAAAUUAUACGAAGCUGCACUUGCAACUUAUGAGCAAAAUGUUGGCUUGUGGCAAGAUUACUAUCGCUUGGAGACCAAGAUGGGAACAUCAGAAAAAGCUACUGCUGUGUAUUGCCGUGCUAAGAGAACACUUGAAGAUGCUACUGAAUUUAUUGCUUCUCCAGAUUUGUGAUACUUUGUAAAUUUAGAUCAUGUUCUAUCAGUUCAAUUUUGACCACAUUAAUGUAUCCUAUAUAUUCUUAUAAACUGGAGCUUAGUGCAUUAAGAAUUUUUUGAAUUUGAUCAUGUCAUGUUGCCUUUGGCAUCAUCAGUUGCCGGAGGAAAAAAGUUGUUAAAGUGGAUAGUUUAAGGAGAACAGAAAAUGUUAAGUUAAUGAAUUUAAAAGAUAAAUGAAACAAUUCAUUUUGUUA